AUGGGCAUCAUUGAUAAUAUAUCAUAUAUUAUAUCUAUAACAUACGUCAAUGGUCGAUUUCCUAUAACUAGUGAAAGUUUUAUAUUAUCAAUUAAAGAGGAAGAACUUUAUUGCAAGCCAUUAUCAAAUAAUUCAAAUAACCCCUCUAAAUUAUUAAUAGACUCUAAACCUUAUAUUAAAAUUCAAGAGAAAACUUUUGAGCUUUCUUGCAUUUAA